AAUGCGGUCACAUUCUUAGCGCGAGAGCUUCAAAAAUACGCUUUUAAGAGGUUUUUUCCAAAUUAAGUGGUGAAUAUGCAUAGAAUACCAUUGCAUAUGGGGUCGGAUCCGAGCCCAGAGGCCUCUGAAUACAUCACGAUGUCCGGGGUCAUGUGUCCACGUAACCUGAUAGAAUGCGAGCUGUUCUUAAAGGUUCUGCGUAAAACAACCGACUCAGUUUUUUGCGAUUUUUCCGAAGUUGCCCAAAGUUGCCUUAACAUUGCUAAGAAGUGUAUGCAUAUGAAAUGUCCUUCAGCGUUGAAGAUGACUAUUCAGAGUCUGGACGAAAUUAUAUGCCGCGCACCCAGCGCCUCCCCUACAUGCGUGGAUGCUAUUUUGGCCAGAAGUGUGCUCUAUAUAAAAAGUAACCAGCAUGCGACCGCCUGUAAUGACUUACUAUAUUACGAGUCUUUGGAUUCAGCCUUCAAGACAACGGAGGGAACGAUAGUGUCACAGAUACUUCACUGCGUAUGCCUCUUUAUGAUUCGGGAGUAUCAAUUAUCGAAAGAAAAAUUGUCGGUUGUAAAGAGACUAAUUGAAGAUGUGUCAUUAGUUGAUCAAAGUGAAAUCAGUGGGUUCCUAACUCUUAUUAAACAACAUGAAGAAAGAAUCAACCAAGCUAGAAAAAAUGUUGAGUCUUGCAAGAAAGUCCAAUACGAGAACUUGGCGCCUUUUAAAGGUUUUAAACUUACUCGAAAAAUACCUUUUGCCAGUCAAGCUUGUGAUUAUUUCGAAAAACCCAUUGAGAAAUCUGGCGGUGUUUUCGCUUCAUGCGAUAUACCAAAAGGAGAAAUUGUUCUUGUGGAAAAUCCUGUGCACUUUCAGUUCAGUGCUCCAUUUCUGAAUUGCGAUUUCUGUGGAGUACAUCAGGAACAGCUAUAUACCUGUGAUAACUGUCGUUAUAGAACCUAUUGCUCAAAGUCGUGUAUGGAAUCAGAUGCAGAAAUCCACCAGUACGAGUGCUAUGGAUAUAGAAUUGGGCUGAUACCAAUGCUAGAGGCUAACAUGCUAUUUCGAUUGUUUUACGAAGCAUUAGAAUAUAUUCUUCCGGCUAUAGUAGACUAUGCCAUGGAUGGCGGAGUAAUAAGUGAUCCCCAUGAGGCUUGGACCUUUAUACUGGAGCAUGCCCAGGAAGAGGAGAGAAAUUAUAAUCUUAUUGGAGAACUCCUGGCUACGGCUCCAGAUUAUAACCUGCUGACAAGGGAAAAAUAUAAAGAAAUCGUAGCCACCGCAUUUCGAUUGUCGGUUUUCAUUUACAAUGACACCCACAUCGCAGAUAAAUAUUUUUAUUUGCUGGCUCUCGUGAAAACAGACUUAAUUAAUGUAAUGGCAGCUAUACUUUUACGGUUGUGUGGCCACGUUCUAUUAAAUUCCCAUAGAGAUGAGCUAUACUACACAAAACCCGGAGAUAUAGAUGGCAUGAAUGAAAUUAAUGAAGAAUUCAAAAAGUGUGGUGCUCUUCCGAUGCCAACUGACCGUAUAAGCGCAAAUGUUUUUAGUUAUUAUGGAGUAAAUGCGAUAACAGAUUUCGUUGACUGCUACAACAGCGUUCACGAUAGUCUAGCGGAGGACGAACAUGAGUACCUAGAAAAGUUACCACAGGGUAGUCCAAUAUUUCGGUUUGCCGAUAGGCUACAUUCAAUUUGCAUACAAAAAUAUGAAAUUGAAACUGUGGAAGAUCUCGUAGGUGCAGAGACAUUACCCAAACACCAAAUAGACGAGAUUCUUCAAAUCUUUAACACAUCAAAACGUUGCCAGCUGUUGACAAAUAUUGCAAAAUAUUUUCAUCAAUUUGUAAAUCAAUAUUUUAACAAAAUAGAAAAUACCGUCCAAUUAAAGUCUACGCUUUUUGUUACACUAAAAGCUUUAAAGCAGAUUGGUGAGACGAAUAAUAUUAAAGCCGUAUGUCUACCAAGUGGGAAAGUAAUUGGAGUGACUGCUAAAAAAGUCCAUAAGGGCGAGGAACUAGUGCUGUGCCCUGAUUUUGCUAGGCACCGUGAUCAAAACGUAAUAUUGGAUUUAGCACGACGCGGAGAUUUCAAUUUUACAACACAUGUUGUAAAUGGAAACUCAAAUCCUGAGAAAAGGACUUGCCCAGAGUUCGUGCGACACAAUAAAGCAUUCAUCCUCGCCAUUAACGAGAAAAUUUCAGCUUGGAAAGAGUCUCGAUUAGAUGUAAAUCUGCAAAAAAAUUUGUCCAUUCUAUACGGCACGUACAAUAGUUUUCUCGCCUUGCAUUGCGGAGAAAAGGAUGAGACACGUUUUCUGGGAGUACUCAAAUUCUCCAUGUUUCUAGCCAUGAAUGGCUUUUUACAACACUCUAGCGAUAAUAUAUUGCACUUCGUUGAGUUAACUGAAAUGGAUGAUAUAUAUUUUAAAAAUAUCGAAAUUUACCGUCAAACCUUUUGUGUAAUCAGAUGCAUUAUGGAACAAUAUAUUGAUAUCAUCAGGGUGGACUGUCCAGAAGUCGGGUCGGAUUAUCCAAAAAUUGUUUUUGUAAGCUCUUCCUUUAUUUUAAGAAGACUGCAGAUUCAUACGGAAGCUUUAAUAGAUAAUGAAGAGGCUUCAUCUUUAUACAUGGAAUAUUGUACCUAUCAUCAUAAAUGGAAGAAUGUCCUUAAUUCUUAUUUGAUGAUGUCACCAGACUUAAAGAACUUUUUGAUAAAAUAGAAGAAGUAAAGUAACUUUUUCCAUAUAUUUUAAAGCGAAUGGAAUUUUUGUUCAUAUUUUGUAAGCUUUGUGUUUAAUAUACUCCUGUUAACUUUUGAAUAAGAAGACAAAGAGACAUUCCAGUUAAUUUAUAUUUGUGUUGCACACAGCCAAACUAUGUUUAUAAGUUUAUGUUAAACAUGUGUUACAUAUCUAUAUAAGUAGCUCUCUUCAGUUAUUCAACAGAAAAAUUAUAAUGAGUCAGAGUCUUUACUGCGCUUCUUAAUGGUUUAUCUUUAUGUGAUUUCAUUCUUCAUAUUUGCAAAAACUGCGCUACGGUUAAUCAUUUUAUAUCAGCUACAUUUAAUAAGAACUUGACCAUUGUCUUAUUUUCCGAACGGUAAACACGUUCCAGUCGACAUCAUUUGUUUAUGAAAUUCGCCCACCGUUUGAGCUUCCGAAUAUUGGAAAUUAUGCUCGCAU